CAAGUAUGGCGAAGACAUACGAUUAUUUGUUUAAGUUACUGCUUAUCGGAGACUCCGGUGUCGGGAAGACCUGCGUGCUGUUCAGGUUCUCAGAGGAUGCUUUUAACUCCACAUUCAUCUCCACCAUAGGCAUUGACUUUAAGAUUAGAACGAUAGAACUAGACAACAAGAAGAUAAAGUUACAGAUAUGGGACACAGCAGGGCAGGAGCGAUUUCGAACAAUCACAACAGCGUACUACAGAGGAGCGAUGGGUAUCAUGCUAGUCUAUGACAUCACCAACGAGAAGUCCUUCGAAAACAUAAAGAACUGGAUACGGAAUAUAGAGGAGCAUGCAUCGGCUGAUGUUGAAAAGAUGGUCCUCGGUAACAAAUGUGACAUCAAUGACAAACGGCAAGUGUCCAAAGACAGGGGAGAGAAGCUGGCGCUGGAGUACGGUAUUAAGUUCAUGGAGACUAGCGCAAAGGCCAACAUCAAUGUGGAAAACUCGUUUUUGACACUUGCCAGAGACAUCAAAUCAAAGAUGGACACAAAAUUGGAGGGUAGCAGUCCUCAGGGGAGCAGCCACAAGGUGAAGAUCUCUCAGCCCCAGAAGAAGAGCAGCUUCUUCCGCUGUGCCCUACUGUGAGGACCAGACCAUGGGUGUAUACCAAAUGGCCCACUAUUCCAUAUAUAGUGUGCUACAUUUGACCAGGGCCCAUAGAACUCUUGUCAAAAGUAGUGCACUAUGUAGAGAAUAGGGUGCCAUUUGGGAUGCAUACCAAUGGCCUUACCUACCUUCCGCCUGCCCUAGCUGGGAUAUGCUGGGGUGCUGGCUGGCUGGCUGGACACAACUGGACUGUGCUUGCUCCCAGCACCCCCUCUCAUUCUACCCUAUUCCCUUCAGCCAGUCCCAAUUCACUCCCCACCUCUUUCCCUCGGCCCUAACCCUUAGCUGUUUGUGUAUCUGAAGUGUUUGAAUAGAUAUAUGCAGCGUAGUGGUGGAGCUUCCACCAUGUUGUUUACACCUUGCAUAUACAGUGAGCUCCAAAAGUAUUGGGACAGGGACACAUUUUUGGUUUUGGCUCUGUACUCCAGCACUUUGGAUAUUUGUGCAUCUGUCUUUUUUUCCACUCAUUAUUCACGAUUCAUUCAGGAUUAUCCGUAAUCAUGGUAGCAUCCACAUUAAUGUAGAAGUGUUAAGAAACAUUCUAUUAUUAUUUACAAUAAAAGUGACUGCAAAAUAGCACAAUACAAACAGCAAAUGCAUCCAACAAAUUUGUAGAAUCACAAGCUUGACAUAGUCAUUGUGUGCUAUGAAUAUGUGACUAAAUACUUAACUUUUAACUACUUUAAUACACAUUUAAGUGAAUUUGUCCCAAUACUUUAGGUCCCCUAACAUGGGGUGGGACUAUGUACAAAAAGUGCUGUAAUUUCUAAACGGUUCACCCGACAUUGAUGAAAAUGCCCUCAAAUUAAAGCUCACAGUCUUCACUGGAGUACCGAACCUACACAAACAAAAAUGUGUCACUGUCCCAAUACUUUUGGAGCUCGCUGUUCGUGAACAUCGAAGACUUAGGGCCAAUGGUAAUUAGUAAGGAGAGAAUUAAGACAAGUUGCCUCUCUUGCUCUCUCUCUCUCUCCCUCACUGUCCACCUCUCCCAACGUCACGCCCUGGGGUAGCUGGAGUACUGUGACCGCGACUCCAUCCACAAUGGCCCCGUGACACCUGGUAAUGCUGCUGUUCUUCCAGCGGCCCACCAACCUCCUGUUUUGUCUCACCACUGGUUGGACAGACUGACCAACCGGUGAAAACACCAUUUGUUUUUCUGAAAGAAGGUUCAAAUGACAUCACACAGAAAAGAUGGGCUCUUCUUUCUGUUUCACAUUAGUCUCUAUGUACAUACAACAUUUUUCCAUUUUUCACACGCAGCCACCUGGCUCCACAACUGCCAAAGUUGGAGCCCCAUUUGCUUUCCAGUUAGAAUUGCUUGAAUGACCCAAAGGUUUGGGAUUGGGAACAUGAUGCGUGGAUGUUUAGAUACUAUUUGUAGUCCUCUCUUCCCCUAGCCACAUUGUUAACAUGAGCCAGAGACUGAUAAGCUUAUUGUUUUGAUGAAAGAGUUUUUAAAUGAAUAUAAUAUGCUUUGAAGAUUCACAAUCCUUCAGGAAAGAUUGAUCGCUAAAUAAUUGAAUUACCCAGACUAAAAGAACUCAAUUUGAUAUUCUGUUUUAUUUACAUUCCAAUAUAAUAAUUUGAUGCUAUUCUAUACAUGAGGCUUGCAACAGGCCUCUCUUCCUGAACAAAGUUAUUGUACUGAAUCCAA